AUGGUCAAUGUGCUUAUCCAGAGGAGGCCCAGGAAGAAGUCAACUACAUGGGCAAUCAAUUCCAAUUCCGCCAAGGCGUAUAAAGCAAUACCCAGGAGGAAAGAUAAUCUAGACGAGGAAGAUAUUGAUGACCAGGGAAGUUGCAGUGACUUGUUGAAGAAAUCAUGUCCUCCAAAAGUGAAGGAUCCAGGAGGUUUUACAGUUCCUUGCACUAUUGGGAGUGUGAAGAUAGGGAAAGCCCUACUUGAUUUAGGGUCAAGCAUUAAUAUGAUGCCCCUAUCUAUGCUCAAAAAGAUUGAUGGUCUUAGAUUGAAGCCAACAAAGAUUUCCUUGAUAAUGGCCGAUGGAUCACCAAAGAAACCCUACGGUGUGGUGGAGGAUGUUGUGAUUCACAUAGAAAGACUUAAAUUCCUGGUUGAUUUUGUCGUCAUGGAGAUGAAGGAGGAUGACAAGAUCUCAAUCAUUCUUUGA